AGGGCAGUCAAACACACUCACCGUCAGCGUGUCCAGGUUGUGUUAUGGCUGCUGUAGCUCUGGUCCAGGGGGCUAGCAGGGGGCUCGGACUGCAGUUCUGUCAACACCUCUUAUCGCACAGAGCUCCCGUGGCCGUGAUAGCGACGUGCAGAGAUCCGGACGGAGCUCCAGCCUUAUCUGCUCUCGCCGCCGGGAACCCGAGCAGAGUGACCGUGCUGCAGCUGGACGUAACCCGGGAGGAGCAAAUCCAGAGAGCCGCCGAGCGAGUCCGGUCCGCUUUCAGCGGAGUCGAUCUGCUGAUAAACUGCUCGGCUGUUCUUCACCCGUCCGGCAAGGGAGAAACCAGCUUGCGGGACGUGUCCGCGGAGGGGGUCACCUCCACACUAGCCACCAACACGGUGGGCCCCCUGCUGAUGGCAAAGUACUUUGCUCCUUUACUGCAGAAGGGAACCGGACAGUUUGGUCGGCAGCCUGCUGAGAAAACAAAGCAACACAAUGGCAUCUUAGUGAACAUGACAGCAAGGGUCGGCUCAAUCGGCGACAAUGCUCUAGGUGGCUGGUACAGCUACAGGAUGUCCAAAGCUGCUCUGAACAUGGCCACCAGGAACCUGUCUAUAGAGUUGGGCCGCAGUCGGCCAAAAAUAGUGUGCGUGUCUCUUCACCCUGGGACGGUGGACACGGACCUCUCUCGCCCCUACCACAAGAAUGUCCCCCAACACAAGCUGUUCAGCACACAGUAUUCUGUACAGCGCCUCAUGGAGAUCAUAGACAGCCUCAGUAUGGAUAAAAGCGGGAAGGCCUACGCCUGGGACGGCUCUGAGAUUCCCUGGUAAACAACUGGAUAAAAAAAAAGUCAUUUACAAUUGCUGUGCCAUCUGGUGGUGGAUUUAAAGGACUGACUGUGAAAAGCAAGAAAGAAUUUGUAUUGAAAAUUGAAAUCCAUCACUGACAUUUAGUGUUAAUUCUUUUUUUUUUUCAACAAACGUUACUGAUUGAACACACAAAGGUGUCCUGAGCACAUUUAGGAAAAUGCAAAUAACGUACCUAAUACACGUAAAAUACCUCAAGAGACUGGAACUCCAGUAUCCAUUUUACAUUAUCUUGUCUAGCCUCUUAUGCUCCAGGGUAUGUUUUGGUUUGUCCAUCUGAAUUUACAUGACCAAAUCAUAAAGCAGAUUAUUCAGUAACUGCAUGAAAUAAAUGCAAAUUUUUAUUUUAUUUAUUUU